AUGGAAGUCAAUGGUGAACGAGAUAUAGCUGGUAUUUUAAGCGCGGCUUUAAUGCCAUUGAAAGAUAUGAAACAUGCAGAUAUUUUGGACCAGUAUGAAAUGAACAUGGCUGAUGGAAAUAUAACACCUGACGUUCUAGAACAUUUAUCUCAAAGAACUACACAGAACCAUAGAGAUGGUAUAUUUGGUGAAGAGUUUAGAAAGAAAGUUAGGGAGAGAGAAGGAAGAGAACCUAUUGUACAUGACCUUGCAAACGAAAGUUUGCAAAAUGUCAUAAAAACUUACUUUGCAGACAAUGAACCGAGAAGGGAUGAAUAUUUAAGAAAACUCAAAUGGACAGUACCAAAUGAAAUGUUAGUAUUGAAAAACAUGUUCCUUGACAAAAUAAAACCAACUACAGAAAUAAACGACGCAAGACUGAAAGAUUGGGUAAAAGCUUUCCCAUUCACAAAAGAUAUAGUUGGUAACAUGGAAAGAAAACCAGAAUGGCUACAAAAACAUAUAUUUGGAAACGAGCUUAUUCCAUAUGGACAGGCACUGUUUGAAGAGCUUGAACCAGAAACUCAGGAAAGAGUCAUGCAAACAAUACGCAAGACUCAAAUACAGACUAUGACAAACUCUUUCUAG